GGGAUGUGGUACAGGUAAUCAAACAGCAGACAAGACUCUUGUGUUAUGGAGGUCAUGAUCCAUUCAUCUACCUUCCUCCUUCCCACAAACUCUUCCGACACUCAUCCUUCUCUCACCUACGCACUUAUCCUCCUUAAUCAACGCCUCCCAAGAUUCGCUCCCCUUCUUUGGAACCAUGCACAACUACGUGUGUGUGCUGAUGGAGGUGCUAACCGUGUGUACGACGAUUUCCCUCAAUUAUUGCCUCAUGAAGAUGCUUCUCAUGUUCGAAACAGGUACAAGCCAGACCUCAUUAAAGGAGACAUGGAUUCAAUCCGAACAGAAGUACUGGAUUUUUACGCUAGCUUGGGAACCAAGGUAAUUGACGAGUCUCAAGAUCAGGACACCACAGAUCUACAUAAAUGUGUAGCAUACAUUCGGGACUUCACACCAAACUUGGAGAAGUCUAAUCUCUGCAUUCUUGUUGCCGGUGCACUUGGUGGACGGUUUGACCAUGAGGCUGGAAACCUCAAUGUUCUUUUUCAAUUCUCAGCCAUGCGCAUAAUCCUUUUAUCUGAUGAUUGCCUUAUCCACCUUCUUCCAAAGACUCACCGCCAUGAGAUCUACAUCCAAUCUUCUGUUGAGGGUCCACAUUGUGGACUCAUUCCAAUUGGGAUGCCGUCUGGGAGAACUUCAACGACUGGGCUGCAAUGGGAUCUUGAUGAUGCAGAGAUGAGGUUCGGUGGUUUAGUAAGUUCAUCAAAUAUCGCUAAAGGGGAGAAAAUAACUGUGACAUCUGACUCUGAUCUUCUUUGGACUAUCUCAAUUAAAAAGUAAAAAAUGGUUAUUGCAUUCAAGAUGAAGCACAAAGACGGCAAACGUUCAGGUUGUCCAUGAUCUGAAUUGCUGUGGCCUCAUGCAGCUUCAAAAAGAUUUGAGAUGAUUUAUUUGUGAUUCUUCCCUAUGUUUAUACUAAAGUUGUAAUAUAUAUAUAAUAUAAUUAUACAAUAUGAGGGAGGGGGAAGAUUUACGUUAAUAAAUGUUGGA